CGGCGCCUGAGCGGGCUGAAGAGUUACUGUGUGGACCGGUUGCUCUGGCUCUGUUCUCCUUGUCCCGUUGUCGCCGGCCAGGAAGGAGGGACAUGUGUAGAGUGUCGCGGAGGGAAAAUCGUGGCCGAGAGGAGAGGCCCCUGCGGCGUUGGGCGCUUGGACCCGCAGGCAGUGCACGAGGCGCUCGCCAUGGGGGGGUCCUCUCUCGCAGGCGGCUGUGAGCGGGAGGCCUGAGCCGGGAGCGUCCGCGGCCGCGCUAGUUCCAGGGGGCUGAGGCGAGGCGCUAUGGAGGAGCUCGACGGCGAGCCGACCGUCACUUUGAUUCCAGGAGUGAAUUCAAAGAAGAAGCAAAUGUGUUUUGAUUGGGGUCCAGGGGAGAUGCUGGUGUGUGAAACCUCCUUCAACAAAAAAGAAGAAUCAGAGACUAAGCCAGGCUGCCCCUUUAUCUAUAUCAUCCGAAAGGAUAUAGAUGUUUACUCUCAGAUCCUGAGAAAACUCUUCAAUGAAUCCCAUGGAAUCUUUGUGGGCCUCCAGAGAAUUGAAGAAGAAUUGACUGGAAAAUCCAGAAAAGCUCAAUUGGUCCGAGUGAGUAAGAACUACCGAUCAGUCAUCAGGGCGUGUAUGGAGGAGAUGCACCAGGUUGCAAUUGCUGCUAAAGAUCCAGCCAUUGGUCGCCAGUUCAGCAGCCAGGUCUCCAUUUUGUCAGCAAUGGAGCUCAUUUGGAACCUUUGUGAGAUUCUAUUUAUUGAAGUCGCUCCAGCUGGCGCUCUUCUCCUUCACCUCCUUGACUGGGUCCGACUACACGUGUGUGAAGUGGACAGUUUGUUGGCAGAUGUCCUGGGCAGCGAGAAUCCGAGCAAACAUGACAGCUUCUGGAAGUUGGUGACCAUCUUGGUGCUACAGGGCCGGCUGGAUGAGGCUCGGCAGAUGCUCUCCAAAGAAGCUGACGCCAGUCCCUCCUCUGCAGGCAUGUGCCGAAUCCUAGGGGACCUGAUGAGGACGAUGCCCGUUCUCAGUCCUGGCAACACCCAGACGCUGACAGAGCUGGAGCUGAAGUGGCAGCACUGGCACGAGGAAUGCGAGCGUCACCUCCAGGACAGCACGUUUGCUGCCAGUCCCCACCUGGAGUCUCUCUGCAAGAUUAUGCUGGGAGAUGAAGCCGCUCUGUUGGAGCAGAAGGAGCUGCUGAAUAACUGGUAUCAUUUCCUAGUGACCCGGCUCCUGUACUCUCAUCCCACAGUGAAACCCAUUGACCUGCACCUCUAUGCCCAGUCCAGCCUUGACCUGUUUUUGGGAGGUGAGAGCAGCCCAGAACCCCUGGACAACAUCUUGUUGGCAGCCUUUGAGUUUGACAUCCACCAAGUGAUCAAGGAGUGCAGCAUCGCACUAAGCAACUGGUGGUUUGUGGCCCAUCUGACAGACCUGCUGGAUCACUGCAAGCUCCUCCAGUCGCACAACCUCUACUUCGGAUCUAACAUGAGAGAGUUCCUCCUGCUGGAAUAUGCUUCGGGACUGUUUGCUCAUCACAGCCUGUGGCAACUGGGAGUGGAUUACUUUGACUACUGCCCUGAGCUCGGCCGCGUGUCCUUGGAGCUGCACAUUGAACGCAUCCCCCUGAGCACUGAGCAGAAAGCCCUUAAGGUGCUGCGGAUAUGUGAGCAGCGGCAGAUGACCGAGCAAGUUCGCAGCAUUUGUAAGAUCUUAGCCAUGAACGCCGUCCGCAACAACCGCCUGGGCUCUGCCCUGUCUUGGAGCAUCCGAGCCAAAGAUGCUGCCUUUGCCACGCUGGUGUCAGACAGGUUCCUCAAGGAUUACUGUGAGCGAGGCUCCUUUUCUGACCUGGAUCUCAUUGACAACCUAGGGCCAGCCAUGAUGCUCAGUGAUCGACUGACCUUCUUGGGAAAGUACCGCGAGUUCCACCGAUUUUAUGGGGAGAAGCGUCUUACUGAUGCGGCUUCUCUUCUCCUGUCACUGAUGACUUCCCAGAUUGCCCCACGGUCUUUCUGGGUAAUACUACUAAUAGAUGCCUUGCCCCUUCUGGAAGAGAAAGAGGUGGUUUUUUCAGCAGAGCAAACAUACGAGUUGAUGAGAUGUCUAGAGGACUUCGCCUCAAGAAGGCCAGUGAGAGAGCCUGGUGUUCAGCGAAUCCAGGAGGACGUCGAGAACACCAAGUUGGAAAUGCUGAGACUUGCUCUUGCACGCAAUCUUGGCCGUGCCAUUAUAAAGGAAGGCUCUUUGGAAGGCUCCUGAGACCACCUGAGAGCGGCUUCAACAUGGCAUCUCUGUAUGGCAAUGUAUAUACAUUUUUGAAAGAAUAAAUUCCCCCCCUCCCCCCC